CAAAACCCUAAAAACCCUAAGAGAUUCGUGAACCCGAACGCCGGUUUCAAGUUCCCAUAGUUCUUCUUCGGCGAAGUCGGCUGACGAAUUCACCACUCCCACGCGCCACCACCAUUACCGGUUAUUAGUUUGUCAGAGAGUGAACUGACCUCAAUUCUGCUUACUCUGAAGUUGAAAGCUGUAGGAGAAGAGAUCAAUAUGCGGGUGAAAGUGAUAUCUCGGUCUACGGAUGAAUUUACUCGCGAACGCAGUCAGGACCUCCAGAGAGUUUUUCGUAACUUCGAUCCCAACCUUCGACCUCAAGAGAAGGCAGUGGAAUAUGUUCGCGCGCUGAAUGCAGCAAAACUAGAGAAGAUAUUUGCGAGGCCAUUUGUUGGAGCGAUGGAUGGGCACAUUGAUGCCGUCUCUUGCAUGGCAAAGAAUCCUAAUCACUUGAAAGGAGUAUUUUCUGGCUCUAUGGAUGGUGAUGUUCGCCUAUGGGAUUUGGCUACCAGGCGGACAGUACGUCAGUUUCCUGGUCACCAAGGUGCAGUACGUGGUUUGACAGUGUCUACGGAUGGCCGUAUUCUUGUAUCAUGUGGAACUGAUUGCACUCUUAGGCUCUGGAAAGUUCCUGGUGAUACUCUAUUGGAGUCAGAUGAUGGGUCUGGUAACUCAUCCCAGCCAUUGGCUGUGUAUGUUUGGAAGAAUGCAUUCUGGGGUGUUGACCACCAAUGGGAUGGUGAUCUUUUUGCUACUGCUGGUGCUCAAGUUGAUAUUUGGAACCAUAACAGGUCUCAGCCGGUUAAUAGUUUUGAAUGGGGGAAUGACACAGUGACAUCUGUUCGGUUUAAUCCAGGAGAACUUAAUCUUUUGGCAACAUCAGCAAGUGACCGUAGCAUAAACAUAUAUGAUUUACGGAUGUCUACACCAGCUAGAAAGGUUAUUAUGCGGACAAAAACUAAUUCUAUAGCUUGGAAUCCCAUGGAGCCAAUGAAUUUCACUGCCGCUAAUGACGAUGGCAAGUGCUACAGUUAUGAUGUUAGAAAGUUAAAUGAAGCCAAAUGUGUGCAUAAAGAUCAUGUCUCCUCAGUGAUGGAUAUAGACUAUUCACCAACCGGUCGAGAAUUUGUUACUGGAUCUUAUGAUAGAACAGUGAGAAUUUUCCAAUAUAAUGGUGGUCACAGCAGGGAAAUCUAUCACACUAAGAGGAUGCAGAGGGUAUUCUGUGUCAAGUUCAGUUGCGAUGCAAGUUAUAUUAUCUCAGGAAGUGACGAUACCAACCUUCGUCUAUGGAAAGCAAAAGCAUCUGAGCAAUUGGGAGUUGUUUUGCCAAGAGAGCGGAAAAAACAUGAAUAUUUGGAGGCUGUCAAGAAUCGUUACAAGCAUCUUGCUGAAGUCAAGCGCAUAGUCAGACACAGGCACUUGCCAAAACCAAUAUACAAGGCAACAAAGCAAAUACGGGAGAUGACUGAAUCUGAGAGGCGGAGAGCCGGGAGGAGGAAAGCUCACAGUGCCCCAGGAAGCAUUCAGAAUGAGCCAUUGCGAACGAGUAGAAUUAUCAAAGAAAUUGAGUGAAAAGGGUGGAUGUCACGAUCUGCUAAUGCAUGCUACCCAGGCCAACCUGAACAGUGAAGAAGGCUAUUACCAUUUCACAGUGUGGACAGGGCCAUUGGGAUAGUAAAUUUUAUAACAAAGGGUAGAAUCGAAGAGAUCUUACAUCGCAUGUAACUUUGAAAUAUAUAUAGUGGCUGUUUCUAGUUGUUGAGCUUAUGUUACUGCCAUGGUUGUAAUGGGAAAUUUUGUGAUGUAAUCAGUUAUUCCCUAGUUUGAAAAAGGAAAAACUUAAUUGCUCCUCUUGUUGGUAACAUCAAUUUCUUGUUUGUCUAAUUGCGUCGUAUGACUAUUAUUAAGGUUGCUUGGGUGCUUUGGC